AUGAGUAAACAAGUCCGCCAAGUGAUUGUCGAUGACCAAGUGACUAAAUUCUGGUCUCUCCAUGUAGAAAACUACACGUCUCGAAUUGGUCUAUUAGUAGGUCAAUUGAGCUGUUCAAAUAGUGGAGAUUUUGUACUAGCACUUGUACCAAUUCCAUCUGAAAGUGAGAGCAGUGACGUUUCAAGAGGACUUGACGAUGUAUCAGUUGAUUGGGUGCAAGAAGUUGCUCAACAAGUGGAGCGUCUAUUGCCUGGUGGUCUUAAUGUGCUAGGAUUGUAUGUGGUUUCAACUGGAGACAUUUCUACACAGAUGAUGCCGUUCCUUCGUGCUGUCGCAGAGGUUGUGACGUUACCCUCUAGUAUCAUUGUCGGAGAUAAUGUUCAUUACCUGGCAUUUGUAUCUCCAAAAGAAGGUGAUGUUACAUUCCAGAGCAUUUACAAUGUGAACGAUGUGAACAAGAUACAAAUGCUAUUAGCUGGACUGAAAACUCCGGUGACGGAUAUUGAGUUUAAGCAGUAUCGUACAUUGAUUGAGCUUGAAGAGCCCAUUUCGUUUGCAAGUGUAUCACCUUGGGCGGAUAUUACAGCAACAGAGCUAGUCGAAGAGCACAUGAAUGAGGUGAAGAACCAGUUGAAGCCGUUGUUUUGCCGGGUCGAAGAGGCCAGUGCUGUUCUCAAGCUGACAGGUGACACAGAAGUCCAGCACAUGAAUUUGCUGACACUGUCACCUUCGAAGCCUAAGACACUCGUUAAAGAUCCCUUUGGUGGCAUCCAUGGUGCUAUUAGCUGCGUCGCAUUUGUCUCGCAAAGUGAACCUGACGCUAACGAAUUGGCGGCAAAAUACCUGAAACGCGACUUUAUCAAGUCAUUGCUAGUGCGUGUGUCAUUGGCACACGAGCGGUGGGCCGAGAAUGAUGAAGCCGAGCCGAAUAUCGUGUUUAAAGAAGGUGGAGCGAUUUGCCUUGCUCAGCGAGGUCAAGUACCAUGGCGUAGCGCCUCCGUAUCAAGCCCGCAUUUUUUUGGAACGGUUCAUGUGUUUCCUGAUGAAAAUCCUGUGCAGGCCGUGAAGAACGCACUUGAGAUUGUCGGAGAUGACGCGGCCAAUGAUGGCACUGCUUGGGUUGCAAUGGAGAUUGGCGGCCAACCCAGCUCUUCCAUGAAUCUUACCUCGAGCGUGAAGAAGUUAGAGUAUUCUAAAUACGCGUACUAUCUGCUGCUUUUUGUCAUCAUUCUGAUUCUCCAAGCCGUUCAAAAUUACAUGCUGUAA